AUGUCGUCGCUGCGAGUGCGUACGAAGAACAAGCUGUUGACUGCUCUGGGUGCGGCCAAGCCCAGCACGAACGUGGCGUAUGACUUGGCCUAUUCGGACUUCGAGUCGACUCUGCAGCGCCUGACGACACUGGACACGGCGCUCAAGAGCUAUGCUGGAUCACUCAAGACCUUCCACUCUGCGGCGAGUUCCGUGGUGGGCGCUAUCGACAGUUUGUCGUCCGGUGGCUCCGGUACUGCCAGUUUCCAGCAGAAGCCUACUGGAGCUUCGGAGAUGCAGCAGUUCGCAGGCGAAGCUCGUGUGGCUUGUGCUGAUGUGGAUAUGGUGGUCCUUCAAGAAGCUUACGGUCGCCUCGAGCAAGAAGUGCUGAUCCCAGUGAAAGGCUGGUUGAAACACGCUCAAAACCUUCAGAAUGAAGCCACCGCCUUCCAGGAGCAGAAAGCGAUUUAUGAUCACUAUUCGCGGAAAGUGGCGGCGUUGCGUGAAUCGCACGAGAAGCGAGCUAGCACGGGGAAAGCCGAGAAGACCAAGGACACGGAACGGAUGUUCCGUAACGAGCAGAAGCUCGCAGCCACGACGCAGGAGUAUACGCGACUGUCUGACACGGUUAUCCGUGAUCUCCGUGCUUUCGUUGUGUCUCGAGACGCUGCGUUGGCUCCAUUACUGCGUCGUGUGCUGCGUGGCCGCGUAGUUUACGCUGAGCGCAUGCACGAAGCAACGGGUCGCAUUCGUUCUUUGAUUGAGGAUGAGGAGGAGAGCGAAGACGGCGGUGUAUUGGCGCAGUUUAUGACUGUGGCGCAGAAUGGCGGCCAUGUCGGGUCCGAAGCCAUUAUGGCAGCUGCCACUUCCCCAGUUCAGACCCCUUGCUCGGUGCGUAAGUCUUCGUUUGAGGCAUUCGUAGGCGAAUCGCCUACGUUUGGUUCGACACACAGCAGUCCACACAAGGCUGCGUCUAUGGAUAACGGUUGGGAUGCAUUCGAUUCACCUCCGCCACCCCCACCGGAGAAUGAGACGCAAAUGGCGUCGCCUACCAAUGGAUUCGCAUUAACUGAGCCAAACUACACACCACCGCACGGUAUUCCGCAGUUUAUGACGGUGAAUGCCCCUUCCAGUCCUGCAAAUCGAUCGUGGAGUGACGACUUCGCCGCUCCAGUGUUUUCGACUCUACCAGCGAACGUGUCAUCACCCUCUGGUAUAAUGGCUCGAACCUCUCCGUCCCCUACGUCAGUAGCUACAAGCCCCUGGGAUGCCUUCCCUCCAGCAUCGGCUCCAUCGGAUGAUUUGUUCUCAAACGGACAGUGGGGUGACACUGCCUCGGGUCAAAAUCCAUUCCAGCAACAACAGCAAGUACCAGUAGCCGAGUUCCGCGAUAUGCACUUAAAUGCUCUCGGCGGCGAAGCCAACUCCUUCCGCUAG